AUGCAAUCUCCUGUCUCUCCUUUCUCUCCCUUCUCUCCCGUCCCUCCCGUCCCUCCCGUCCCUCCCGUCCCUCCCGUCCCUCCCGUCCCUCCCGUCCCUCCCUUCCCGCCCUUCUCUCCCUUCAAUACCUUCGCUCCCUUCCCGCCCUUCUCUCCCUUCAAUACCUUCGCUCCCUUCCCGCCCUUCUCCUCCCCCCCACCGUAUCUCCGUUACCUUCCAUUUCAUCCCUACCCUUCCUCGUCUCUCCCUCCCGACAUCUCUCCUGCUUCUCCUUUCACUCCCUUUCAUCCCUUGCCUCCCUUGACUACCUUCCCUCCCUUCUCUCCCUUCGAUAGAAGUCUCUCCGUUCCCUCCUUUUCUCUCCCUUCUCUCCCGUGUCUCCCUUCCUCGCCCUUCACUCCCUUUCCUCCCUUCUCUCCCAUGUCUCCCUUCCUCUCCCUUCACUCCCUUCCCUCCCUUCUCUCCCUGCCCUCCCUUCCCUCCCUUCUCUCCCUGCCCUCCCUUCCCUCCCUUCUCUCCCUGCCCUCCCUUCCCUCCCUUCUCUCCCUGCCUUCCUGUCCCCCAUCCUUCCAUCCUUACGCACUCCUCCAGCCAUUCUCUCCUCUUGCAAUCCUCACUGCCAUCCUUCCCUUCCGCUAA